AUGUGUGAUCAGCCGAUACAAAUUGCUGUUCUUGGUGAUAAAUCUGUCGGGAAAACAGCUAUUAUUCGUCAAUGGUUAUACAAUGAUUUUUCUAACGUGUACUCCGAAACCAAUUUAGCUUCAUAUCAUUUCACAUCGUUGUUUAAUGGCCAUCGAUUAUUUCAUAUUCGUAUUAUUGAUACUCCACGAUUUGAUGAUACAAAUAAUACUGAUCCUCAACAAGAAUGGGUUCGCAUGUACUGUUUUCGCCGUGCUCAUUUAUUUCUAUUAGUUUUCGAUAUUAAUCGUGAAGAGACAUUUAAUUAUAUAAAACAUAUCUACCGUGAAAUAGCUCGUGUUCGUCUUGGUCACAAUCAUUACCAUCACCAUCAUCAUCACCACCAUCAUUCUCAUUCCCAUUCACAUCAUCAAUCUCAAAUCCUCGCAGAUCUGACUGGUGGUGAUGAUGAAGAACAACAACAACAAAUGACAACGAUAGCAACAAAAACUUAUGUGCCUGUGAUUGUUGUAGCAAAUAAAGUCGAUUCAAUUUCAACAGAUCUACGUUUUUCCAAUAUAACAUUAACGAAUUCACGUGAUAUACAACAAUAUGUAAAGAAGAACUUCAAAGCUAAUACAAUUCAAUGUUCAGCGAAAUACCAUUGGCAUUUAGUGUUGUUGUUCAGAGAAGUUUGCCGAAUGUUGGAAACUGUGGAAGACACCGUUGCCAAACAAGCAGCAUUACAAGCACGACGACGACUUCAUCAACAUCAUGGCAAACAUUGUCGCGUCAUGUGA